AUUGUCGUAAAAAGACUGUGGGUUCAUUCCCUCAAUUAUCGCGCUCGUUCCGAUCGGUUACUCAUACAUACCUUUUAGAGAGAGAGAGAGAGAGAGAUUCAACCAAGCAGGAAGAACAAUGAGAGCUCUUUCAUCCAUACAGGUACAGAGUUUUGCUGGUUUGUGAUCUCCGCAACGUUUUAACAUAAGGGUAGUGGAAUAUUUUCGUAGUAUAUAGACUAUAGAGGGAAAUGGAGGAUGGAAUAUCAAGCUUCUGGGGUCCUGUCACAUCCACAAUUGAGUGGUGUGAGAAGAAUUAUGUUUACUCUUCAUAUAUUGCAGAAUUUUUCAACACUAUGUCCAAUAUUCCAUGCAUUCUUUUGGCACUCAUCGGUCUUAUUAGUUCCUUAGGACAACGCUUUGAGAAGAGAUUUAGUGUGCUUCAUGUAUCGAAUAUGAUACUUGCUAUCGGGAGCAUGUUAUACCAUGCCACGUUGCAACAUGUGCAACAGCAAAGUGAUGAGACUCCAAUGGUAUGGGAAAUGCUCCUCUACAUAUAUAUCCUCUACUCCCCAGAUUGGCACUACCGUGGUACAAUGCCUACCUUCCUCUUCCUCUACGGUGCUGCUUUUGCAAUUGUUCAUUCACAGUUCCGUUUUGGCAUUGGCUUCAAGGUGCAUUAUGUGAUUUUAUGCCUUCUUUGCAUUCCCCGGAUGUACAAGUAUUACAUUUACACAGAGGAUGUCUAUGCUAAACGGCUUGCAAAGUUGUAUGCAGCUACCCUACUCCUUGGUAGUUUAUGCUGGCUGUGUGAUCGUUUUUUCUGCAUGGAAAUAUCUGGUUGGCCAAUCAAUCCACAGGGUCACGCCUUGUGGCAUGUGUUGAUGGGUUUUAAUUCUUACUUUGGAAACACAUUCUUGAUGUUUUGCCGUGCUCAACAACGUGGAUGGACACCCAAGGUUGUGAAUACAAUGGGGAUUCUCCCCUAUGUGAAGAUUGAGAAGCCAAAAACUCAAUGAUGAUAAGACAGGAAUUAUGCAGGUAUAGAUUUUUUUGACAUGUUAUCGGAGGUACAUUAGUUUUGCGAUGCGAGAAAAGCAAGCGAAUAGAUCAGUCAUCUUUGUUCCCCCUUCUCAGAUGGAUCUGGAGGAUAAUUAGACAUCAACUUGGUUUGUUGGGUUUUCGUUGCACUUUUCAUUAGAACGAACAUUCUUGAAAAUUUAACAGUUUUAUGUCUUUCGUUUUUUGUUUUGUUUUUUUGUUUAAUUAAGCUGAGUACUAUGAUUUCUGAUUCGUUUGGCCUUGACUUGUAGAAGUGCACGUUUUGACUCUCAGUCGUCCUAUUUGUAUUUCUGUUGCUUUUUGGAUUGAUUUUUAUUUUGAGUCAUGUUUUCAAGUAACAUU